CCGCUUUUUGUGAGCGUUCACCCAGGAUAACUCACAGGACGCAUAUUAGUGACCUAAUAGAAAUAAUGGGCGAUAUAAUAAAGCAAAUGUGAAUCGGUCCUGCUCAUUGAUAACUUACAUCUUAUUUUACCUCAAUACUUUAACUUCACGAAAGCUACAAGCAACUCUAGAAUCAUGAAAAUUUACACAAGUUUCACACAUUUUGGCGACUCGAGUAACAGAAUCAGCUGAAAUUUAUCUGGCUCUUUGACUAUGGAGGUUAAGUUAAUCGUUGUGACAAUAGGAUCACGUGCACGCAUGUGACCUUUUGGGUGCCCAGUCUAGUCAGUUAACUUGAUUCAGGAUUCCACGUCUCAACGCGUAACAGAGUUCUCAAUUACAAAUUCGACCCGCCUACUCAUAACAUAACAUCAGGACUUGGAAGAGAUCGAUGCAUGCCAUUACUUGCGCAUAAGUAUGGCUUCUUUAAGUCAAUAGCGGUUGAAUUCCUAGGCAGAUCAGAAGUGACCAGUUUGCGACGGUCGACUCGAUCUCAAGCUAUUGUCUUCGAUCGAUCUUUCGCCUCCCAGAUUCGUUUUGCCAAUGAAAACAGAGGUUGCAGUGUUGUUCCAUCGCGCAAAGACUUACGACAACAGCAUCCUACUUCGGACAUCACAAGUCUGCAAAACGUCAGAAAGCGAGAGCAUGGCAAAAGUAUCAACGACAAAUCUGCCUUUUCAGAUGGAUAUGUAUAUCCUUCGCAAUUUGGGCAAGCUUCCGAAGAAGUAGCUUCGCCGACGGCUCCAUUGACAUUCAGCUCUGGAGGACAAGGUUCUGAUAGACUUGUCUCUAACAUGCAAAAUGAUAGCGGACAUACUUCUGAAGUCGAGUCCAAGGCUGCAAAAUUAGAUGAUAUACUUGGAAAGGGGCUGCGAGAAAACCUGCAAGGAGAGUCAAGGGCCAAAGGCCGCGCCGCAACGUAUCAACGACGACUGAAACGGGACAACCACGACAUGGCAGCUUUGGUGGAGCGUAAGUCCUCGCCGAGGUCUUUACGAAAGCUGCUAGAGCAUAGCCCAUCUCUGCAUUUAGAAGACGCUUUGUUGAAUGCCAAUGACCCAAGUAUACUUCCACGAAAGCGUCCCAAGUCUGUACAUGAUUUGACCUACCGAAAUGCGAAGACGUUGAAAAUUUUCAACGUUAAUGGACUCAAACACUUGGAACUCAGCGACACUAUCAGCUUGCAGUCGAUCACAGCGAAGUACAUUCGUCAUUUAGCCAAACUUCGUACUAGCUCCGGAAUGACCUCUGGACACCGUAAAAUUGCGCCUGAGAUUGACGACAUGCAGGGCUCUGGAUCUGUGCAUCUGUCUUGCCGUGAAAUCCAGCUUCUGAAAGCGUCUGGUUACAAUGAACGAGAUGCGCAAACGUGGGCCGAGAUUUUACUUCAACCUGACAUUGAACUUGCGGCUCGUCGCCUCUUUGUUCCUGACAUUGGAGACAACAAUCACAUAAAGGCAACGCCUUGGUUUGUCAUGAACUUCUUGCUUCGACGUGAGAUUGUCACGGCUGAAGCAUUGCGUCUCUUACUUGAUCAUGCUUGGCGCGCGCUUUCUUGGCAAGAGAGAACCAGACUGAGCCUGACGAGUAGUUCUUUUCGACCGCCAUCGCUCAGAACCAUCAUGAUAGUCUGCGUUCGAAUGGUUCGGCAUGCUAGAGAUGUUUGGCCUCAAGCCUUGCCUAACAUUACCAAGCUUUUCUCGACAUACAUGCUUGAUGCGUGGUCGAAGUACUUCGCUCGGAUUGACAAGCCUAUGAGUGCUUCCAUGCUAAGACAAAUGACCUUCAAGAGCAAUCGUAUGCUUUCGCAACUUAGCUUGUCUGGAAGAACAUACCCCGUGCUGUCUGCGGUGCAUCAGCAGCGAGCUCAAUUUGAUCUUAUUAGAAAGAUGACGAUGUAUAACCCAUCACUGCCUAUCAAUCGAGAAGGCCACCGCGCAUUGACGAAGACCUUGUUACUCCUGAAGAAGACACCGCAAGAGCGCGAUUGGUCUUUUCUUCAAGCGCGAUCUUGGCCUCCUUUCAAAGUAUCACGAACUCGGCUUGAUGACCCUAAAGAUCGAGAAUAUGGUACAUCAAUAGCAGGGAAAUCGAUUCAAUUCAUGCAAAAAUACGGAUAUCCAAUGCUAAAUUGGGACAAUAUAGCACGUGUCUACAGUGGCUGGAAUCCCGAUGGAAGUCCCGCUGUACAACAAAGAACAUUCAUGCCUUCCGUGCCCACAAGCAAAGCUGGUGAGCCUGGCAUUGGAGAACUACACGCUGCCAUCAUUACUUCCACGAGAACGGUCCCCGAAGCCUGGGCAGCCUUUCUGAAGUUCGACACGCCAAAAAGCCCACCAUCAAAUGCUAUGUAUAUCGCUCUGUUCAAAAAACUAUUCGCGCAAACGCCCGGCUUGUUUACGAGGCCAAAAUCUCUAGUUCAUCCUGAAAACGAGCCUGUCGCUGCUGGGGACGGGAUUGAAACUAGUCCUCCCCCGUCGUCACCCCUCGAAACCUUAUACCUUCCCAGUGAACCGCCAAGUCCAGAUGCUUUGCUUGAUAUGAUCCUUGAAAGGGGUGUUUCUAUUUGGGGGGAGCUGAUGUCGUUCUUAGUGACAAGGGCUCCGAGUCUGGAAUUCGGUCUAAGGGUAUGGGCAGCUGGAAAAUACAUAAGGAUUGGGAAUAACGGUAGAAUAAGUUGGUCUACAGACCACCUUCGGCUGCUCAGGUCACACUCUCAAGAUGGCCUGAAAAGUUUACCCAACAUACCCAAUGAGUUGAUCACCGCACUAAUCAGCUGUGUAACAUCAAGUCCAGCUUUAAUACCCGAAUUGAGCAUGAUAGCAGACAACACAGAUUUUUGGGUAGGAAGGUGGAAGUUGCGUCGCACGCAUUCUCUUACGAUAGCAUCCCGACUCCUAAUAUGUUACAGCCCACGGGACUCCAUGCCUUGGAACCAUCUUCUCAAAGCGCUCACGCAUAGAAGUAUGUUUCGAUACGCACUCCCGAUUUCACAUCAAAGCGGACAGGUUUUUUGGCCUUUGAUUGCUUGGGCAAUGUCAGAGGAUGUCUUACGGAGCAUGAUUGCCAGUAACGCCAUUCCCAACCACAAGACCUUUGAAUACCUAUGCGAUAUUACCUGGGAAGCUGCCAUCACUACCAAGCUGCAUCGUCUUGACAUGGAAGAGACCAGAUAUCUGCGUGCUAGCGGGCAAUCGAACAUCGAACGAGAGUUUUUGGAAGCUCAGGUGCUCCUAUCUUCCGGUUCAAGUCUCCUUCGACGACGUUUCGCAAUGCUAGUGGGGCUGGAACAAUGCAGGCACGCGUCUACCAGUAAGGGCAUUCAGAUAGGUAGUCCGUCCAUGCCAAAGCACCUUGCUCUGCUCAAGGCUGCCGUUCUGCAUAAGUAUAUUCGCGCGCUUGGAAUUCUCAGAGAUCACAAAGGCAUCUAUUCUCUGGUUCGAUGGAUGGUCACCGCAGCGAGCGAUCUGAAUGAACUGCAAGACUGUCAGGUGAACGGAUCAAAGCAGCUACGCAGAGUCAUAGUUGCACUCCGAGUAUGGUUAGAAUGUCCGUCACGGGACUUCGUGUUGGCAGAAAGAGGGAUCCUGGUCGAGCCUGCCCCAGAUGAGCUUGUACACCUUGUGAGACAAGAGGUGGAAAGUGUCAGGCAAUGGGGUGGUUGGCCUUCGGAUCAUGAUGUCGACAGGUACUGCAGAAGACAUGCAGGCUAUUUCCUGUAGUAUAGAGUUGUUCGCGAAGAAGCGAGAUUCACUCGUCCUAACUAUGUAAACGAUAACAUGAGAGCAUGGGAAGAAACCCAAAAUUUUGCCCUCCAUUCCCGUACAAAGAUUAGCUGGCCGACUAUGGUGUUUCAAACUUGGAUAACGAUGAUGCGACGUUGAGCAAAGCAG